AUGGGGAGCCCGCAGAAAGCAGAUCACACCUUGAUCCCAGAUCUUGAGUAUGCAGGUGUGCUCAGUACUGUUAUCACUGAACCUCCUAAAGAAGAAAAAGAUAUUGAGAAGGUAAAGAACCGCCUGUCUCUUUUUAAACGAUGGAGGCCAAGGAAGAAAGGUGAAAAGAAGAAAGACUGCAGUAGAUCCUCUAUUGACCAGGAAAACUCUGCAACAUGUGAUCAGUCAAUAGAAAACAAAGGGUCUGUAAUUUCUCGACCACCAAUGCCACUACCAACAAACACAAACACAGAUGCUUUUGAAGAAGAUGAUAUCGAAUAUAGCCAGUCACAGAGUAGUGAAGAGUCUGAAGACAACAACCUCUAUCUUGAUAUGUCGAAUGAGGAAGAUUUUAACCUGAUUCCACUGCCACGUACACUUCAUCCAGUGAUUGGUAAAGCACUUGUAACGACAUCAUACACACAUGGUGACUGUGAUCCUUCAGACUCACUAUCUGUGAACGCUGGUGAACUUCUUGAUGUCAUUGAAAUUUCUGGAGCAUGGGCACGUGUCUCAUCAAAGGGUAGUGAAGGACGAGUUAUGCUGUCCUGUCUCAGUUUGCAGCUAGGUGAUAAAGAUGUUGAGGAUCCAGAUUAUGAGCAAGUUGAGUUCAGUGAAGUGAAGACUGAUGCUAAUGUGACUGAUUUUCAACCUUGUGAUCAACGACUGAGUUCUGGGUCAGGAAAUGCAUAUGUGGCUCUUUAUGACUGGGUUCCACAAGAAUCAAAUCAGCUUUGUUUCUAUGUUGGUGACAACCUACACAUAGUUGAAGAGAGUGAUGAUGGUUGGUGGCUGGGUUACAUCAAGGGAAUGCCUGAUGUGCAAGGUUUGGUGCCAUCUAAUUACAUAACCAAACAGAUUGAUGUCUUUGAAGCUCAGUCACCUGACAGUUUUGUAAGUGCUCGAUUCUCAUCUAAUUUGGUCAACUCUACCGAAAUCAGUGACACCAACAACAUUAGAAGUCUGCAAUCUGAGUGUACAUCAUCUGGUGAUUCAAACACACCAAUUUCAAUAAUGCACUCUAAGGUCCCCCCACCGGCUACAAAAGACAACUUUGAAGAGUCACUGAAACCUCCACUGCCUCCAAAAACCAUAGGGCAGUCCAAUUCUUUUGGCCACAAUCCUCUGCCAAGAGAACGAACAAAUAGUGUGAUAGGAAACGUUGCUGAACUGCAAAAGAGGUUUAAAGAAGGUUCUUAUUCAGAACAAAGUACUACAAGUGGAAUGGCUGUGGCAAGCCGUUCACUGCGUGAUCAAAAGUGUAGGUCUCUUCCGUCAAGCCCUACACCUAAAAGAAGGCAAACAAUCCUUACAAGCAACACUGCUUCCAUAAAUAGAAAAACAGAUGAUGUGCAACCUUCCAACUGGCUUACCACAAAUCGACUCAUUGAUAGUCCUCUCUUUCAACGACAAGCUGCAGCUACAGAUGCACAGAACAAGAAAGAAAACAAAGACUGUAGACCAAACCAUGCACAAAAUUGCCCUUCUCCGUAUGGUAGUUUCAAACAGGACAGUGAAUCAAAGAGGCGAGCUCUUUUUGACUACACUGCAUCUGAAGAGAAUGAGUUGUCAUUCAAGAAGGGUGAUAUCAUCACUGUUGACAUCAGAAAGUCAAGUGACGAGUGGCUGUUUGCAAGCCUUCAAGGCAGACAUGGCUAUGCUCCAGCCAACUAUGUACAACGUAUCUAACCAAUUUGCCAAACUCUUGCAAAACUUGGUUUCAAUUGCAUUUGACGUACAUAAUUAACACAUCUUUACUAGAAAUGAUCGAUGGCUUGGUGCAUGGGAUCGAGAUGACAGCAUUGACAAAAGUUUUUAUUCUAUUAAUCAUAGAUUUGGA